AUGCCCUUAGAAGGGAUUUUCCUGGAGCCAUGUUCGAAGCCAGUUCCCGAUCUUUCUCUCCACAUUAGUCCGCCCAAUCACGACUCACGACCGAGGCCCGUGGGCCCAGUAAACGAGCCCAUCAACGACCGAAGCUCCCUACUACUCACCGAGCUCUCACUCGCUCACCCAACCGCUCACGACCAAAUCGAGCUCCAAAAGAGCCCAACAAGAGCAUUUGAUAAUGGCCUGAGGCCCAUUAAGGGCAUCCCCGUCUACCCUAACCGGGCCUUCCCUUUCCUGGCCCACCCAGACAAAAACCCCAACAUUCGCGGCCUUUAUCACCACCACCAGCAGAUUCCCAACUACAGCAGUAGUAGCUACUCGUCUUCGGGUCCGGGUUACUUCACGGGCGGGUCGGAUCUUCAUAUGCCGGUACUGAAUCUGGAUACGGGCCCGUCGGGUUGCCGGGCCGGGGGGAGAUUGGGCUUUCAGAAUGGGGGACAUGGGCUUGGGUACCAGUAUGGUGUGGGGAUUAGUUCUCAGGAGGGCAAUUAUGGAAUUAAUCACAAUCAUCAUGGGAUGAUUAGAUCGAGGUUUAUGUCCAAGAUCCCGGCAAAGAGGAGCAUGAGGGCUCCGAGGAUGAGGUGGACGAGCACGCUACAUAGCCGGUUUGUGCACGCGGUUGAGCUUCUCGGCGGGCAUGAAAGCCAUUCGGAUGGGUCCGGUGAGGAUGACCUGUCAACGUUGGGCAGCAGUGGUGAUCGGGCCGGGCUCCGGCAGUUCUUUGAUGAAAGAGGGCCCAAUUCGAUUGGGCCUUUGCAACAUGAAUCUGAGAACUAUGCCUCUACCUCAGCUAAUACAUUGUGGAGCAAUUCUUCA